GUGCACACAGUUUUCUUAUGAAAUUCUAACAUUAAAAAUUUAUACUUUUUGGGUGACUUUAACCACCCGAAUUGCAGAGAGAAUAAUUGUUAUUGAAAAUUAUAUUCAAAUUUCGGCAAUAAUGUUGAUAAGUUAAUCAUAGUUCUUGUAUAACUGGUUAAAACAAAUGGAGUUCUUUAUAAAGCUUGUAGUGUUUUUAGGAAUUUUCAUUAGAAUUUCCGAUACAGCAUGUUCCGACUGGCCGUCGGUCUGGGAUGGACAGUGGUAUGAUAGUUACUUCCACGAGGAGUCGUCCAAUGGAAUGAUAACACUAUCACAGAGUGAGAAGAAAGUGACAACAGGAUGGACCUUAUCAUUAUUUGGUACAACCAUGACAGAGUUUGAAUGUGUUCUUAGCUCUAGUGGAGUUUUGGUUUUAAGGACCGUUGGAUCAUCAGAAGGAUUUGGCAUUUCUCAUUACGCACUGAUAUGUAUAUCAAUAACGGAGAAAUCUACAAAUAGUUACAUGUAUUAUCGAAAAGGAGGUACAGAGACACCAGACGGAGGUAGAUAUACUGUGCUUGCAGAUACAGACAUAAUAUCCAGUUCCACUUCUACCUACUGUACUGGAACAGCUAGUGCAGAAGACUUCGGUGUCCUGGUCAAAGACGGUAGUUACGGUGACGUGGCUAUAACAUUACCCAAUCCAUUUCUCGGUAUUUACAACUACACUUUUACCAGUGAUGAGUCCACCUACCAAUGUAGUGGUACAUCGUCAAUGGAUGGCUGUACAGAUCAAACAGUGGUAAAGCUAAAUACCAGUUUAUGUAACAACGAACUAUUAGAUGCAGAUAAUCGACAGUUUCACUGUGUGGCAUAUGCUGAAUCAGGAUCAACAUAUUACAUUGCAAUGAUGCAUUCAGAUGCCAGUGCUACUCACCGCUCUACGUGUGUGACUGCAAUUAUAACUGAUAAAAUAGUAACAGCCAGUACUGAUCCCGGGAGUUGUAAAGUAGGUCAGACAUCAAGUUCACGAACAACACACAGUGCUAGCGUCCUCAUCACCAUGGUGCCUUACGAAAUAUGCUGUGAGUAUGCAAAUACAGAAGUAGAACUAGGAAAGUUAUCACUGGUUAAUAUAUCAGCAAAGAUUGAGUUCUUAUUUAAAAUAAAUAACUUAACAGUUUUUCGCUCUCCAUGA